GCUGAAUUUAUUUGAAUGACAUCCAUUGAUGGCUUACAUGAGAAAGGAAUGGUUGAAGACGUUCAUUGUGGCUCCAUGAAGACUAUGCGACCUCCUCACCCUGGGAUGGGCCCACCUCAGAGUCCAAUGGACCAGCAUAGCCAAGGUUAUAUGUCUCCACACCCGUCUCCACUAGGAGCACCAGAACAUGUAUCCAGUCCGAUGUCUGGAGGAGGUCCAACUCCACCCCAGAUGACUCCCAGCCAGCCAGGACCUAUUAUACCUGGGGACCCGCAAGUUAUGAGUCAGCCCAACAGAGGUCCUUCCCCUUUCAGCCCUGUACAGCUACACCAACUUCGGGCUCAGAUUCUAGCAUACAAAAUGUUAGCUAGAGGUCAGCCUUUGCCAGAAAAUCUCCAGCUUGCUGUUCAGGGAAAGCGAACCCUUCCUGGCAUUCAACAACAGCAGCCUCCCAGUGCCUUCAACAGACAGUCUGGUAUUGGGAUGCAUGCAAUGAGUGGUGCUGCAACUGGACCAGGGCCUGCUGCAGGAAUACCUGGACAUACAGCUGCCAUUACUCCUAAAACAUGGAAUGACGGUACAGGCCAAACCCCAGAUAUGAGUGUCUCCAGUGCACCGCAGAAACUUCCUGCACCAUCUCUGAGUGGGAGGCCUUCUCCUGCCCCUACUGCUGCCCAGCCUGCUGCUGCUAUGCCUGGGCCUUCUGUACCACAGCCACCACCUGGGCAACCUUCCCCCAUUGUUCAGCUGCAGCAAAAGCAGAAUCGCAUCAGCCCUAUUCAAAAGCCACAAGGAUUAGACCCUGUUGAAAUUCUUCAAGAACGGGAAUAUAGGCUUCAAGCACGAAUUGCUCACAGAAUUCAGGAACUGGAAAACCUGCCAGGUUCUCUGCCCCCUGAUCUGCGAACCAAAGCGACGGUGGAGUUGAAGGCACUUAGGUUACUGAAUUUCCAGCGCCAGUUGAGACAAGAGGUAGUAGCCUGUAUGCGCCGUGAUACAACACUGGAGACGGCACUGAACUCCAAAGCCUACAAACGAAGCAAGCGCCAGACUUUGAGAGAGGCCCGUAUGACAGAAAAACUUGAGAAACAGCAGAAGAUAGAACAGGAGAGGAAGCGUAGACAGAAGCAUCAGGAAUACCUGAAUAGCAUAUUGCAACAUGCUAAAGACUUCAAGGAGUACCAUCGGUCAGUGGCUGGCAAAAUUCAGAAACUUUCUAAAGCUGUGGCAACUUGGCAUGCCAACACUGAACGUGAGCAGAAGAAAGAAACUGAGAGAAUUGAGAAAGAAAGAAUGAGGAGACUAAUGGUAAGGAUUGGAGGGAAGGGUAUGAUUGUUUUAGUGAAAAUCACUCGUUUUUAAUAUGUAUCCUCUUCA